AUGAUGGGAAAUAUGUUUGGUUCAAGCUUGGCGAGUUUGUUCUUCUUGUGGGCAACUAUUCAACAAAUCUUCCCUAACCACCUUAAGAUCGCCAUUAAGGAGUUUUUUCUCUCUACAAUCCAGCAAAUCUCUUUUGCCAAGAGAUUUUCCGACAAAUUCAUUAACUUUUUCUCACCUUAUGUCCAAAUCAACUUCUCUGAAUACGAAGAUUAUCGAGUCAAUCACGCUUUCGACCCUAUCGAGACUUACCUUGGAGCAAAAGCAACUGAUAAAGCCAAGCAUCUAAGAGCAAGCCAGGUUAGAGAGAGUAAGGGCUUGGUUUUAAAACGAGACGAGACUAAAGUCCGAGAUGAGUAUGAAGGAAUUCGUGUCUGGUGGGAGAUGGAAACCGACUCCGCAGGAUAUAAAACAUUGAAGCUCACUUUCCAUAGACGCUCGCGAGAUAUUGUAACCAACUCUUACAUAAAAUAUGUUGUUGAAGAAGGCAAAUCGAUUGAUGCUAAGAACAAGAAGAUGAAGUUGUUCACAAACAAUCCGAGUUCUCAUUGGGGAUCCAGCAAGACUAGUUUUUGGAGAUAUAUUGACUUUGAGCAUCCUGCGACUUUCGAGACGUUAGCUAUGGAUCCGAAGAAGAAAGAGCAGAUCUUGAAUGAUCUUGCUGCGUUUAAUAACGGUAAAGAUUAUUACAAGAAGAUUGGGAAAGCUUGGAAGAGGGGUUACUUGCUCUAUGGACCACCGGGAACCGGUAAAUCAACAAUGAUCGCUGCAAUGGCGAAUCUUUUGAACUAUAGUAUCUACGAUCUUGAACUCACGGCUAUACAGAACAACUCAGAGUUGAGGAAAAUACUCACUGCUACUUCUAAUAAGUCGAUUAUCGUGAUUGAAGACAUUGAUUGCUCGUUGGAUCUUACUGGCAAAAGAAAGAAGAAAGAGAGCAACUUGAUGAUAUGGAGAAAAGAUGGAGACCAAGACAAUGAAGAAAACAAGAGUUUCGUAACACUCUCGGGGCUUUUGAACUUCAUUGACGGGAUCUGGUCUGCUUGUGGACAAGAGCGGAUCAUUGUCUUCACCACGAAUCACUUGGCGAAACUUGACCCUGCUCUAAUCAGGAGAGGGAGAAUGGAUAUGCAUAUAGAGUUGUCCUAUUGCACUUUCGAGGCGUUCAAGACUCUAGCCAAGAACUAUCUGGAUCUUGAUUCUCAUCCCCUGUUCAGUAAGAUCGAGUCUUUAAUGAAGGAAACGAAUAUCGCGCCGGCUGAUGUUGCUGAGAACUUGAUGAAGAAGAAUCGUGAAACAGAUGCUGAUGGAUCUCUUAACGAUCUGAUUGAGUCUCUGGAGAGAAAGAAGAAGGUUCAGAUAGCUCAAGUAGAUGAACACAAGGAAUAUAGUAAUAAGAUAGUUGAAGCAUUUCGCAAGUUAUUUUAA